AUCGAGACGACGGUCGUGUUUCUGGGAUCGAUGCUUCAAUGUUCUUCGCCAUGUCCAACCUAGACAGGUUAGAUUCUUACGAAUCGAUUAUGUAUUCUGCUGGUACUUGGUUUGAAGAUUGA